AUGUCUGGUCAGUUCAACGGAAUUCAAAAAAAAAUCAAAGAUAUGUCAGGAAAUUCGUGUCCAUAUGUAUAUUGCCAUGCAUAUAAAUUGAAUUUAGUUUUAGUUGACGUUUCAAGAAAGGUAGAAGAAGUACAUGAUACUGUAGGUCUCUUGGAAGCAGUAUAUGCAUUUCAGUCAUCAUCAACACUAAGGUAUCAAAUAUUUUUUGAUAAAACUGGGUCGAAAGUCCCUAUGCACUGUGACACACAUUGGGUAUCAAAAUGUAAAAGUAUUCGUUACUUUAAAAACAACUUUACAUUAGUAUUAACAGCAUUAAAAGAGUGUACUAAAAGUUCAAAAUCUAAGGAAGUUGCUGAAGCUAAAGAUAUACUAAUUCAAAUGAAUUCUUUAAAAACUAUUGUGUUAUUUUUUUGUUUGGAUUAUAUUUUGUCUUUAGUAAAUAUUCUAUCAUUAAACUUACAGACACAAUACUUGACUAUAGCCGUUGUGCAAAAUUGAUCAAAUCCACUAAGGAACAAUUGAUCAAUUUAAGGUCAGAAAAAAUAUUCAUCAAUAUUUACAAUGAAGCUGUAAGUGUAUUUCAGACUUCAAAUAUUGAACCUAACAAUACACUACGUCCAACAAGAGAACAGAGAAUUUCAUUAACACUGGAUAACUAUUUAACUUAUUCAACACUUGGUGCUAGUACUAGUAGAAAAGAAAAACAAAACAUGUCCUCUAAAGAUACAGAAAAUGAAUUUAAAAGAGUCUUUUUCCAGAUUUUAGAUAACAUGAAUAGUGAAAUGAUUUAUAGAUUUACCCAAAACAAUGAAAUAUUGAAUUAUAUCCAUGCAAGUGACCCCAAAACAAAUGAAUUUCUAAAUUUAGAUUUGUUAGUUAUUUUAGGUAAUAUGUAUCAACCAUAUACAAAUAAUGACUUUAUAGAAAUAUUGAAGAACCAGUGUCUGAUUGGAAAAUCUUUAUUUUGGAUAAUUUAACAUUAUCUGACCUACAUCAACAAAUAAGUAACUACGGUGAGACUUCUGACCAUGUUAAAAAAAAAAAUUGAAUUGGUCAUGGUCAUUCCUGUGUCUUUAGCUAGUGCAGAAUGCAGUUUUUCCACCAUGCGCCGUGUUAAGACAUAUUUAAGAUCAACUAUGAAGAGUUCACGAUUAAGUAAUUUUACACUUUUAUCAAUUGAUUUUGAAAACUCAGACAAAUUAUUAAAAGAUCCAACUGCUGUCCUUGAAGUGUUUGCAAGCAUGAAAAACAGAAGAAUACAAUUUAAAAUUUAG